CGGGGCCGGUCGCCGGUCGCUGCCGUGGCCAUGGCCCAUCGCCCGUCGCCCGCCGCCCGCCCGCCGCCCGCCGCCAUGAGGCGCGGGGGCCCCGCCGCUAUCGCCGCUUGCCUCGCCGGGGCACUCGCCGUGCUGGCGGGGCCGGGGCCGGGCAGUGCCACCGGGACCGGCCGGCGGCCCCCCCGCAGCUACGGGCAUCUGGAGGGCGACGUGCGCUGGCGGCGGCUCUUCUCCGCCACCCGCUUCUUCCUGCGCAUCGACGGCGGCGGCGGCGUGGAGGGGACGCGCUGGAGGGAGCGGCCGGGCAGCAUCGUUGAGAUCCGGUCGGUGCGUGUUGGCGUCGUGGCCAUCCGGGCGGUGCACACCGGCUUCUACCUGGCCAUGAACAAGCGGGGGAGGCUCUACGGGUCGAAGGAGUUCAGCCCCAACUGCAAGUUCACGGAGCGCAUUGAAGAGAACGGCUACAACACCUACGCGUCGCUGCGCUGGCGGCACCGCGGCCGCCCCAUGUUCCUCUCGCUCAACAGCAAGGGCAGGCCCCAGCGAGGGGGCAAGACACGCCGGCAGCACCUCUCCACACACUUCCUCCCCAUGCUCGUCAGCUGAACGCCGUGGGCAGCUCCGGAUGGUUCUGUAGGGAAAAAGAAAAAAAAAAA